AUGAUUUUAAAUCAACUAUCUGUUGAAAGAAAUCAAUUAAAUAAAGAAACUUUAUGUAGAAAUUUAGGUUUAACUUUCAAUCAAUUAUAUCAAACUGACCAAAUAUUUCAUAUUAAUGAUUAUGAAUUAGUCAAAAAAUUACACAAAAAAUUAACAAAAGUUUUACAUUCCGAUUGGUCAUUAAAUUCAAUCGAACAAAUUAUUAAUCGAAUUAAUACAAAACAAGAUCUUGAAAAUCUCUUCAAUGCAUUAGAUCCUAUUUAUGAAUAUAAUUUAAAAGAAUUUCAGAAAAAAAUUGAAGGAAAAUGUUUAAUUGAAAUAGAAAUCAAAACAUUUCAAUUUUACAAAAUAAUAAAUUAA